CCAAGUCUCGAACGAUCAAAUAUUCGCUACGCUCACUGAAAAUUAAAUCCAUCGGGUUGAUCCCGCGUAAUUGGAAAACGGCUGGUCUGUUCAUACUAUUUAUCCUUCAUUUAAUUAUAUUACAUCCAUAUACUUGGAUCGUCGUUGCGCAUCACGGCCAUACCAAGGGUAUUAGUGAGUGAGUGAUCGCUCCUAAUUCUUACAUCUUAAGGAUGAGGGUAUCGCGCUCGACGUUUCUCCUAUCCGCGCUGGGUUCCUUGUCGCUUGUUCAGGCCGGCACAUAUCGCUACUAUGAUCAACCAGUGAAGAGAGGGUUGUUAGAUCAGCUGCUCAGCGGUCUCGGCAUCGGUAGCAAUGAAGGGGGCAAUGGUAACGGCAACGGCAACGAAAAUGGCCAUAAAGGCAAAGGACAAAAUGGCGCCGUCACCGUCACCGAGACAGUGAAGCAGACGAUUACGGUAGGAGCCGGUGCGGUAGGCGGAUUCAACGGCACAGCGGCUGUCACCCAGACGGUAACAGUCACUGAAACUGCCUCCGCCGCUGGUGGCAUCGGGGACGCACUCGGAGCCCAACUGUCGUUCAUCACAACGACCGUCUUCAGUACCGGCGCGGCGCUCACGAUAACAGUGUCGGCUCCAGCAGCGAUAGUAACCGAGGUAUCUACCAUCAUGCAGCCUAUAACGCAGGCCACGACCGUCACCCAAGUAUCAACGGUUACCAUGAUGCAAAUGAUCGCAUGCGGCACGCCCGUUGGUGCUCCGGUCCCGGCAGACCAGGCUUCAGCCAUCGCAUCGUCUGCUGCAAAGGCAGCUUCCUCGGCUGCUGCCGUCCCAGCAUCGUUAGCAGCUCCGGCGACAAGUGCUAGUGUUACGGUAACCGUCACGGAGACUUCCCCGGCCCAGUGUCCCGUCGUGGCCACUUCAUCCGCUGCCGCUGAACUAUCGACAUCAGCAGCGGCGACUUCUGUCCCCGCGACUUCGGCCGUAGAAACAUCAAGCGCUGCAGUAGAAACAUCAAGUGCCGCAGUAGAAACAUCAAGUGCCGCAGUAGAAACAUCAAGUGCCGCAGCAGAAACAUCAAGUGCCGCAGCAGAAACAUCAAGUGCCGCAGCUGUUACCACGUCGUCCGCAUCUUCCGCCUCGCCUUCGUCUUCGUCUUCGUCUUCGUCCUCGUCCUCGUCCUCGCCCUCGUCCUCCUCAGCAGUCGAAACGCCAUCCAGCUCAAGCGUAGCAGUCGUCUCUUCUUCCAGCAGCACCUCGGUCGCGACUCCCACCGCGGACUCCACCCUUCAACUGCCCGAAGUCGCCCCAUCAACGACCGCCCCAGCCUCGACAGCCCAAGCCAUCACGGUCCCCCUCGCAGCGCAAUCGUCUCUCGCUCUCCCGAUCGAGACCCCGCCCGCCGCCAACAACGCCGGCAGCAACGUGACCCCCGCCGUGCCCGCCGUUACCGCCACGACCUUCGCUGGCGCCAACGAGGGCCCGUCGAUCAACCUCAACGGCGUCACGCUGACGAACGUUCUGACGCUGGGACUUCUCGGCCGCGUCUAGGCGCGGAAGAUGGCUGGGGAGGACUGCUGAGGUCGUGUAGAUAGAAAAAGGGAUAGGAAAUACCCCUCCGCAGCAGAUUCGCCGUUUGCGCUUUGCUCGGAUUUGCAGGCUGUAAAAUAAUUAUCAUCAUCAUCAUCAUCAGCACCACUAGUACCAUUCCCUUCCACGCUUCCAUUUCUCAUUUUUUUUCAUAUUCCAAUAUAUGCACGCAGACGUGAUUUAAGUAGCCCCCAUUUUUGGCUGGUUGGCUUGGCUGGUUGGUUAUUUAGUUGGUAUGGAGAAGAGAAAGAACC